AGGUGCAGUUCGCGUGCGUCGCGCCAAUUAGAGCUAGGAAGAGCUCGAAUAACGCUUGCCUCUCUCUUUUUAUCCAUCCAACAGGUCAUAGGUAAACACUUCACUCUACCACAGCCCGCGACACAGACGUCAGACAGAAGGAAAGCAAACCGUGAACACAGCCGUUACGAUGUGGCUGGUGAAUAGCGUGAAGAGUCUGAGGUCUCCUCGGGAGGGGUUGCCCGGUCGCCCGUUCGAGGCUGAUGGAAGGCCGCGGUGUACCAACGUGCUCACCCCCGAGACCAUUCCGGAGUUUCUUAUCCCUCCUACGGAGUUGCCCUCGCGGAAGCGCAGCGAUAGUGGCUCCAACGACUCGGAGGCGGCUUACGGGCUCCUUCCCGGGGAGGAUAGACUCCUACCGCCGGGCUCUCUUCCAGGGUACGCUCCUGAUUCAGACGCUUGGAGCUACGUUACCCCGCCCCGCUCUCCUGCCGUGUCGCCCUACCGUGCCCGGCGGGCAGGAGUGGUGACCGCCCCCGCCGACGCAGACUCCUGGGGCGCGCCCGGGCAAGACGCUUCCGAGAUGGACAACAACGCCGACCCCCUAUCCCGUAUGGGCAUGACUCUACAGCAUCUCGGACGCACCCGUACAGCGUACGGCUUUACCACCCUCACCCAGUCCCCCACAACCAAUAGAAAAGAGUCGCUAUACUUCCACAACGGAAGGUCCGGUAAGAAGCAGCGUGGGUCGAGCCCACUGGUCAUCACGCCCGAGUCGGACUCAGACAGCGGGUGGUCUCAGCAUCAGCAGCGGCGCAGCACCGGCUCAACCGGGGGGAGCGUAUUCUACAACCCCAGCUCCUCCGAGUCGUCACCCGUCUCAUCCCCGGCGUCUUCCCGCUCCAGACGUAGCUCCGGCGACGCCAGCUCCCUCGGUAAGAAGUCUCCCAAGGCGCCCAAGUACGUGCGGCGGCAGAGGUUCCACACCCGGCGGCGCUCCUCGCUUGCCGUGCCGAUCGACUUCUCGUCCACGGAGCCGAGCUCGACCGAGCCCAGCCCGAAUGUGCCCCGCAAGACCAGCCCGUGGGGAGGGGGGCACCUGCCCACCAGGCCACGCAGCAACUCGCUACAGGUCCCGACAUUCACACCGUACGCCCUACGGGAGUCCAACGGGCAGGAUAGACCAGUAGACCACUACCUGGGGGAACUCAAGUUCGCCAUCGAAUUCGUCAAGAGAGGCAGACAACUGAAGGUGUCAAUCAUCAAGGCAGAGAGUCUAGGUGGCCACAAACACGCCAAGAACAACAUCAACAGCUACAUCCGGCUGUACCUGCUGCCCGGUAAGGUGGGGCGACAGCAGACACGGACAGUCAAACACACCAGGAACCCCAUCUUCAACGAGGAGUUCUACUUCGGUGGACUAGGUCUACAGAUGCUGAACGACAUGAAGCUGCGCAUGAAGGUGUUCAGCAAGACUCCGCACCUGCGCAGAGACGAGCUGCUGGGGGAGGUGCAGGUGGUGCUGGGUACCCUGGACCUGAGUCACGAGAACCGCCUCUGGAGAAAUCUAGAGCCCAAAACUGAAGCGGAGGACCUGGGCAUGCUGAAUGUGUCUCUCUGCUACCAGCCCAGAUCAGAAAACCUCAUCGUUACCGUCAUCAAGGCCGAGGGGAUGCCGAGAAACAACAUCUUAACUCCACCUGAUCCCUACGUGAAAAUCGUCCUGUCCGGCGCCGACGGUGGCGAAGAUGACGUCAGACAAACCCGCAUCAGAAGGAAGACGAGCAACCCCGUCUUUAAGGAGGCCUUCAGUCUCCACAUCCCUCACCAGGAGGUCAAGUCCGUCAGCGUCACCGCCACCGUGUACGACCACGCCCGAAUCAUCUCCGACGGCGUCAUCGGCCAAGUUCGGUUCGGAGCCACGGCGACGGAGCUAAGCGAGAUCGAGCAUUUCCGGAGAGCACUGGAUCAAGAGAACCAGCCAAUCGCCUUCUGGCAUAAUCUCAUGGAAAUGGAGUGACUUUGAAAAAAGCAGGUGUUACCACGUUGAAGUUGCCACGGUGAUCGCUACCGUUCUCCUACAAAAUGACUUUUUUUUAUGAAAUAUCAUCUGUCCUGUGACCAGAUAUCCAGCAAAAUAAUUUACGGGAACUUCU